CACCCAUCCCUAUUAGCCAAUUGCGAUUGAAAACGAGAUGCUGAAUUUGUUUAGGACUUAAGAGAUGUAAAUAGAAGAAUAAUUAUAAUUUUAUUACAAAAAAAGAUGGCUGUUUAUCGUCCCCGAGGCACCUUGGCCAGAGUCAUCCACGCCAAGUUUCACAACGACAAUUCCCUAGAAGACAUAGACACCCGAAAGUGGUAUUGCUUGAACCACGAACUGCCGCCGAGAUUCCAGGCCAAGUUCGUGCCCCUGGAGCCGGAUGCCACCACGGUGAGCUGGCUGGAGCGCACCAAAGCCUUGUCGGCGAACAUCUGGACCCACUUGUGGCACGCGCUGGCCAGGUCCAUCCUCCAGUUCUUCAUGACCCAGACGGACAUCAAUGGAUUUUUGAAGCGCGGAUCCAUGUUCAUCCUGUCCGAGGAUCAGUUCCGCAAGUUACUGGUCGCGGGCGGCUUUCAACCUGCCUCUGGAGAUGAACCGGUAACGUUACUGGACAUCGGUGCCGGCGAUGGCGAGAUCUCGCUGCGAGUGGCCAACACCGUCUCCGAGCUGAGUGGCAGUGCCGGGCUGCGGGUUUUCGCCACGGAAGCCAGUUGGACUAUGCGCGACCGCCUUAAGAAGCUGAACUUCAACGUUAUCACCGAGAUAGGCGGCCUGCAGAACUUGGAGUUGAUUUUGUGCCUCAACGUACUGGACCGGUGCUUCGACUCCUUCAAGCUGCUGGAGGACAUUAACCUGGCACUCGCACCCCAUGGUCGAGCUGUGGUGGCCUUAGUACUUCCCUAUAUGCAUUAUGUGGAGACAAACACCUCGCACUUGCCACUGCGUCCGCUCCUGGAGAACAACGGGCGGCAGGCGUCGUUCGAGGAGGAGGCCGCACGCUUCAUGGAGCUGCUCGAGAGUUGCGGAUUCCGCGUGGAGUCUUGGACCAAAGCGCCGUACUUGUGCGAGGGAGAUCUUCACCAGUCGUUCUAUUGGUUAAUCGAUCUUAUUGUUGUCAUUUCGAAGAAAACAUUCUAGAUCAACGCUUCCACUCUGAACAAUUGUAACCGUUUCGCUCCUAGAGUUAAGUGGCUGCAUUGAUAAACUGAGCAUUUAUACUUAUUACAAAUGUAGGCUAUAAAUUAGGUAAACAAUUUAUUCUUAAACAAUUACCAAAAAUGUAAAUGGAUAAACAUGUUUAAAUUAAAGUGCGAGAAUUCUAAGCCGCGUUCAAAACGAAA